CGUGUGGACCAAGCUGUCGGGGUCGAGAUCCAUACCCCGCCCUGGGGAGCAUCCUGGUCAAACUCUUCCAGCCCUUCGGCAGAAAUGGUUUAGGGUCCGAGCUGAACCCGUUGCAGUGACCUAAAGCUGCUAGCUGUAUCGGCGAACUGGGAAGAUGGGGACCUGGGGGCCUUUAUCUUUUCCAUUUUGCUUCUUAGGCCCCCAGCUCUGUUUUCCUGCAUCCCUCUUUCCUAGCGGGACGCAAGGCUGGACCAAGGCCUCCAGGGGAGAGCUCUGCCAUCCAGGAAGGCAGCCCAGGACCUGGACUUGCCCAUGGAUUCCUCUCAGGAGCAGCCAACGGCACAGGCUGGGGAGCUCUGCUAAGCUGCAGAGGACCCGGGCGCACGGAGAAGCCAUGGUGUUAGGGAGGCCUGGCCUGGGCAGGGGAGGUGGCUGCCCAGGCCCCCUCAGUAUGCUUGGGGCUGCCGUGCUUCUGGCCAGCCUGCCAUGGGGAGUCCGAGGGACAGCCAGCGCCAACCACAGCAUAGCUCUGGGCCACACUGGGCCGCUGACGGGGCCCCGCUACCUGAGCAUCGGGGACGGCUCAGUGAUGGCGUUUGAGUUCCCCGAGGAGAGCGAAGGCAUCAUCGUGGUCUCAAGCCAGUACCCAGGUCAGAGCAACGGGACCAGGCUCGGCCCCACGCUCAGGGUCACCUCCCUGGACACAGCAGUGCUGACCAUCAAGAAUGUGAGUGCCAUAAGCUGGGGCGGCGGGGGCGGCUUCGUGGUAAGCAUCCGCUCUGGCCUGGAGGGGCUGGCACCCCUCCACCUGCAGCUCGUGGACCUGCACCAGGCCCAGCCCCUGCUGAUCGAGGAGCGGAGCGAUUUCUGCAUCAAGGUCUUGCCUGCAGAAGACGCGCCAGCCCCGCUCGGUGCCGACCUGGCCCACUUCUCGGAGAACCCGAUACUCUACCUGCUCUUGCCUCUCAUCUUUGUCAACAAAUGUUCGUUCGGGUGCAAAGUGGAGCUCGAGGUGCUGAAGGGGCUCCUGCAGAGCCCCCAGCCCAUGCUGCUGGGCCUCCUGGGCCAGUUUCUGGUCAUGCCCUUCUACGCCUUCCUGAUGGCCAAGGUCUUCAUGCUGCCCAAGGCCCUGGCUCUGGGCCUCAUCAUCACCUGCUCUUCGCCCGGGGGCGGGGGGAGCUACCUCUUCAGCCUCCUCCUCGGAGGAGAUGUCACCCUGGCCAUCUCCAUGACUUUCAUCUCCACAGUGGCUGCCACCGGCUUCCUGCCACUGUCCUCAGCUAUUUACAGCCGCCUGCUCAGCAUCCACGAAACCCUCCAUGUGCCCGUCUCCAAGAUCCUGGGGACGCUGCUGUUCAUUGCCAUCCCGAUAGCAGCUGGUGUGGUGAUCAAGUCCAAGCUCCCCAGGUUCUCCCAGCUGCUGCUGCAGGUCAUCAAACCCUUCAGCUUUGUGCUCCUCCUGGGAGGCCUCUUCCUGGCCUACCGCAUGGGCGUCUUCAUCCUGGCGGGCGUCAGGUUCCCCAUCGUGCUGGUGGGCGUCACGGUGCCCCUGGUGGGCCUUUUGGUGGGCUACUGCCUGGCCACAUGUCUGAAGCUGCCCGUGGCCCAGCGGCGGACGGUCAGCAUCGAGGUAGGGGUGCAGAACAGCCUGCUGGCCUUGGCUAUGCUGCAGCUGUCCUUCCGCCGCCUCCAGGCUGACUAUGCCUCCCAGGCCCCCUUCAUUGUGGCGCUGAGUGGCACCUCAGAGAUGCUGGCUUUGGUCAUGGGCCACUUCAUCUAUAGCAGCCUGUUCCCAGUUCCCUGAGGCCCCUGGGGCAAGCUUCCAACCCCCUGCCACACCCCCACACACACUCUCCCCGGUUCUCGCGUACCAAAGGCCUUCAGUGCUCAUGCACUAUGCACUUGGAAAAUCCAGGCUUAGUUUUUUUUACUGAUUUUGUAUUCUCCAGCUUUCAGUGCCAAAGAGGCCAUGCUGAGGUAGGUAGGCGGGCACUGCCCAGAAAAUAUAGUUCAAUAAAAGAGAGAAGCAAGCUUG